AUUUUGGCCAUUGUGUCCAUUCUGUUCAUCGUACUGUCCACUAUUGCUUUGUCUCUUAACACACUGCCAGAGCUUCAAGAAAUAGAUGAAUUUGGGCAGCCAAAUGACAACCCUCAGCUAGCACAUGUUGAAGCUGUGUGUAUUGCUUGGUUUACCAUGGAGUACCUUUUGCGUUUUCUGUCCUCUCCAAAUAAGUGGAAAUUCUUCAAAGGCCCAUUAAAUGUCAUUGACUUACUGGCUAUCUUGCCAUACUAUGUCACCAUUUUCCUCACGGAGUCCAAUAAAAGUGUCCUGCAGUUCCAAAACGUCAGACGUGUGGUUCAGAUAUUUCGUAUUAUGAGGAUCCUAAGGAUUCUAAAGCUCGCCAGACAUUCUACAGGCCUUCAGUCUUUAGGUUUUACGCUCAGACGGAGUUACAAUGAAUUGGGCUUAUUGAUAUUAUUUUUAGCUAUGGGAAUAAUGAUAUUUUCAAGUCUUGUAUUCUUUGCUGAAAAGGAUGAGGAUGCUACAAAGUUUACCAGUAUUCCUGCAUCAUUCUGGUGGGCAACAAUCACUAUGACCACUGUAGGAUACGGUGACAUCUAUCCUAAGACGUUAUUAGGUAAAAUAGUUGGAGGACUUUGUUGUAUUGCUGGAGUGCUGGUCAUAGCCCUGCCCAUACCAAUUAUUGUGAACAAUUUCUCAGAGUUUUAUAAAGAGCAGAAAAGACAGGAGAAGGCAAUUAAGAGGAGAGAAGCACUGGAGCGAGCUAAAAGAAACGGAAGCAUUGUCUCCAUGAACCUGAAAGAUGCCUUUGCUCGCAGUAUGGAAAUGAUAGAUGUAGCAGUAGAAUCAAGUAAGCCUGGAGAAGCAGCCAAUCCAAAGGAGACACCUGAUGACAACCACCUGUCCCCAAGCCGGUGGAAAUGGGCCAGAAGGACGAUGUCUGAAACAAGUUCAAACAAGUCUUAUGAGAACAAAUACCAAGAAGUUAGUCAACAAGACUCCCACGAGCAAUUAAACAACGCCGCAGCAUCCUCCAGCCCACAGCACCUCAGUGCCCAGAAACUGGAGAUGUUGUAUAAUGAAAUUACUAAAACUCAGUCUCAGCCUAAUCUUAAUGCUGGCUAUCAAGACCAGUCAGCAAAGCCACCUGUGUAUGAGGAAGAAAUAGAAAUGGAAGAAGUUACAGGUCAGAGAGAUCCGUUGCCAACUGGACCUACAGACAUCGUAACAGAUAUGAGAAGCACAUCUAGUAUUGACAGCUUUGCAAGCUGUGCAACUGACUUCACGGAAACAGAGAGAUCUCCCCUUUCUCUGUUUCCUGGCUCUCACUUGCAAAUGAGAUUUCCAACUGAUGCUGCUAACCUGGAAGAUAACCAAAGAGUCAGAAGUUCUCAGUUUAUACCAUUCACAAAAGACAGAAUAUUUUCUCCAACUGAUGUCACCUUUGACUACAAUCCAGUCGACAGAGCUGCUCUCAGUGAUGGCAGUGGGUCCCAAACUGUUCUCCAUGGUCAUUUGCAUUUUGACACUGCCAUGGAAAGCCCCAAAAGUUCCCUGAAAGGUAGCAACCCAUUAAAAUCUAGAUCCCUCAAAGUUAAUUUUAAAGACAGUAGAGGUGGUGCUCCACACACUCCACCGAGCACUGCAAGGCCACUGCCAGUAACAGCAGACGCAGACUUCACCCAGGCCACCCCUCAGCACAUCAGCACCAUUCUCCUAGAAGAAAAUUCACCCCAAGGUGAACGACCCUUACUUGGUGCUGACGCAUCAGCACUUUGUCAGGGAGCAGCUAAAAAAUCAUCCCCUCUCUUUCCCAAACAAAAGAUUUUCACUUUCCCUUCAAAAGAGAGGAGGAGCUUCACUGAAAUAGACACUGGAGAAGAAGAAGAGUUUAUGGAGUUACACGGUAUAAAACAUGAAAAACAACAGGAUAUCAAGACAAAUUGCUGUGGGGAUAAACACAGUGAUGGCAACCAUUUGACAGAGGAGCCACAGAUCAGCUCUUCACCCAAAAGCAUGAGCCACAACUGUACUCAAGACAUUUACCAUGCUGUGGGUGAAGUAAAGCAAGACAGUAACCAAGAAGGUCACAAAAUGGAAAAUCAUUUAUUUGCCCCAGAAAUUCACUCAAGUCCAGGAGAAACUGGUUACUGUCCCACACGUGAAACUAGCAUGUGA